GCCUCAAGUUGCUAUAAAACGGAAAAAUUAUGGGUUUAUUACAAUCGUGCGUAUAUAAUUUAUUAAUACCGCAAGGAUUGUAGAAUUUAUGACGGGUAUCGAAUGAAGUUGACAGAUGUCAGCAACAUGAGUGUGGAUCCGGAGUCUGGAAAAUCGACAAAGAAAACCUGUGAGAAUGUCAAGGAGGAAUUUAGGCUGCAGAAUUUUGGAUUUGGUGGCAGCCAUACCAAGUAUUUUGUGACGUCUCAGUGCUUCCAUCAAAAACUCUUCUUCCCUGUAUGGACUACAUUAUGGGCCGUAUUUCACCUGGUGGUCAUUUGUCUGCAGUUUUACUUCGAAGAUGACCACCCAAAUCCCAAAUGGCUAGCAUACCUGACAAACUGGGGAUACACCACACUGGCGAUGUUCUCUAUCUUGGACUGUGUUGUUACUUUAUAUGCCAGUAUUUCUAAUGAGGAGCUACUUGAAAGUGAUAUGGAAAUUCCUUGGUAUGUGAAGAUACAAUGGAUUUUAUUUAACGUUUCCACAGUAACGGCUUUUGUGAUAACAGUGCUGUUUUAUACACUUCUGACACCAACUCUCACUGCCAACAGUAUACUGACGCAUGCUGUCAACUCUUUAUAUGCUUUAUCUAACCUUGCUAUAUGUGCCAAACCUGUGCGGAUUCUACACGUGUAUCAACCUGUUAUACUCGCUCUACUGUACAGUGUGUUCUCUGUUAUCUUCCACGAAGCCGGAGGGGGGACAAUCUACUCCAUUUUAGACUGGGACAAGGUUCAAAAUACUGUUCUUUUAUCGCUGGGCGUUAUUUUUAUAGUUGUGCCUUUGAUUCAUUUAGUCUGCUUUACUAUUUAUAAAAUACGAGUGUUCGUCUCGACUUCGUGUUGCCGAGGGAACAUUGACAUCAACCACAAUGACGGGUUUAAUCAUUCCAAUGAAAGAGAAACUUCUACUGAUUCAGGGAGGAAUGGUAACGUUGCCUAAGUUGAUGAUAUAGAAAAAGAUACAUUGUUAGUAGUUUAAUAUAUUUAAGAUGUAUAUAGAUUUAUAAACUAUAUUUAUUAAAUUAUGAUGUGGCAUAUGUUGUUAUACACAAAUCUAAUAGAGGAUCCACAUAAAAUUUUAAUUCAUUACCAUAAACUUUAGACAUAAC